AUGACGCCAGAGAAUCAGCGGCAAGUACGGUUAUGGUCGAACGGCACGAUCGUCUAUUACUUUUCGACGUCGGUCAGGGCUGCCUGCCAGAUGGACAUUCGCCUUUUCCCCUUUGAUACGCAAACAUGCUCGUUCGGCUUCUCGCCGUUGACCUACGAUUUCGAGCUGGUCACCUCGUCCAGCCAGUUUUCCGAGGAUUUUUAUUUGAGUAGUGAAACGGGUAAUGGCGAGUGGAUCGUUCACAAUUUGUCGUUAGUGGCCGAAGUCUACACAGGGCCGACUUUUGACUACGAAUGGUUGAGCAUCGGUCUCACAAGUAUGAUGUCGAUGACGCUUCUCCUCGAUAUGAUGUCGAAAGAAAUACCGAAAACUGCAGCUUUUCCGUUGCUAGGUUUUUACGUAAUAAUCUCCAUAGCCAUAAUUGCCUUGGGAUGUGCCGUUGUCGUCAUUGUGUCGUCACCAGCAGAUAAGGAUACGAAAAAG